GCUGCAGUCACCUCUUCUAUGUAUAUAUUUUUUCUACUUACACACUGAGAUUAGAGGAUUUAGCAGGUUUUACGCACAGCGCCGGGGCGUCUGGUGACUUGCGUUUUACUUUGUCAGUGAACAGUGGCGUGAAACUCUCGACCAGUUGGGCUGUUUUGUUGACUUGUUGUCAACAUAAUGUGGGGGAUCCAGAGGACGCGGUAUGCGGACUGCAACGGCUCCGAAGCCAGUGAAGAGUCAGAGAUUGUUGUUAACAUCGGCGGGGUGAAACAGGUGCUGUAUGGGGACGUGUUGAAUCGCUACCCGGACACCCGGCUGGCAGAACUGGUGGACUGUUCACUUAAGUCUUCGGAUGAAAUAUCUUUACUAUGUGACGACUACGACCCUGACACUGGAGAAUUUUAUUUUGACAGAGACCCUGAAGCAUUUAAGUGCAUAAUUGAGCUUUAUUAUUAUGGGGAGAUACAUAUGAAAAGAGGCAUCUGUCCAAUUUGUUUUAUGAAGGAGAUGGAGUUCUGGAAAAUCGGCUCAGAUUUUCUGGAUGAAUGUUGCAAAAGCCACCUGAAAGAGGUGGAGGAUGAACUUGCAGAGAUUGCAGAGAAAGUGAAAACUAUCUUGGUGGACCGAGAGGGAGAUCCGCAUGCAGGAGGCUGGCAGCGUUUCCAGAUAUGUCUCUGGAGACUGAUGGAAAAACCGGAAUCCUCGCUGCCUGCGCACAUAAUCGCUAUAGUUUCUUUCAUCUUCAUCCUCGUCUCCUCCGUGGUCAUGUGCGUCGGCACCAUCCCCGACCUGCAGGUGGAGGACUCAGAGGGUAACCUCACGGAGCACCCGACUCUGGAGGUCAUUGAGACGGUGUGCAUCGGCUGGUUCACUAUUGAAUACAUCUUACGUCUGAUCUCCUCCCCGAACAAAAUAAAAUUCGUCCUGGCUUUCAUGAACAUCAUCGACUUCAUGGCGAUCAUGCCCUUCUUCGUGGUGCUGAUUCUGACCUCUUUCGGUGCUGGAGUCAUGGAGCUGGCUAACGUGCAGCAGGCCGUGCAGGCUUUACGCAUAAUGCGCAUAGCGCGCAUUUUCAAGCUGGCACGCCAUUCCUCUGGACUCCAGACCCUCACAUCUGCCCUGAAGAGCAGCUUCAAAGAGCUCGGGCUGCUCCUGAUGUAUAUGGGUGUGGGGGUCUUCCUUUUCUCUGCACUGGGCUACACCAUGGAGCAGAACCACCCGGAUACCUUGUUCACCAGCAUCCCACAGUCGUUCUGGUGGGCUGUGAUCACCAUGACCACAGUGGGGUAUGGAGACGUCUACCCCAAGACCACUUUAGGUAGGUGUAACGCGGCCAUCAGCUUCCUGUGCGGGGUGAUCGCCAUAGCGCUGCCCAUACACCCCAUCAUCAACAAUUUUGUCAUGUUCUACAACAAGCAACAGGUGCUGGAGACUGCGGCCAAGCACGAGAUUGAACUGAUGGCGCUGCGCUCCGGCGCCGGCGAACUGACGGCAGAAUCCGGCGCCCAUAAACACGUUUGCGGUGCAGGGGUGUGGGACAACGCCAUGCGCUCCUGUCACAGUGACACAUACAUCCCCUUGCUGAAGGAUCCCAGGGGAGGGGCUGGCAUACCGACCCCCAGCAAGGACACAAGCUUUGAAAGCACAGCCGAGGCCACCGAAUAUUUUGUCUCAUGAACAGUAAAAGCCCUGCAGAAUUCAAAAAGACUUUGCAAACAAAGAUCAACAACAAAAUAUACACUUAAUUAUUCGUUUCCGACUUAAUCUAACUUAACCCGCCAGUUCCGGGUUAAUGGUACCAUGAUGACUUGAGAUUGUAAAUAGCCGCGUAGAAACCGCAGUAAUGGCCCCAGAGGAGCUUAUUUUGAGAAACUGCGCCUAUCAACCGGACAUAUGUGUGAGAUAUUGACUUGAUGAGCUGUGCCUUUGCGCAGUGAGUCCCUGUAGGCUGAGGGGUACUGUUUGAACAGCCAGUACACUGAUUCCCCUUGUAGGCUUCUUAUAUAACACCCCCAAUCCCCAGUCCUCACACUCAUACUGUAGACUGCACUGUAGCUUAUUCCUCUGUACAGAAAUAUAUAUCACAAUGAAUGUUUUUUUUUUUUUUUUUUUUUUUUUUUAAAUGAAAAUAGGUAGGUCCUCUAGGAGAAAAGAGAAAUGUAGUCACCCCAUCAUAGGUAUAAGAAGGACAACAAAACAGAAGGAAAACUGAAGGGGUUUAAAAGUGACAGAGAAUUAUAAUGCCAUACAUUUCAUCAAAGUCUCUUGUGAGCACCACAAACACAUUAAAGAUACACUAUGGGGUAUUGUAGGGAAAAUAAAAGCAACAUAUCAUCAGGGCUGCUCAUUUUUGUGUAUGCUUGUGAUCUUUUUUGUGUAAUUUUUGUAACUGACACUGUAUGAUUGUGAGGCAACAUACCAGAUUUAAAACCCUUCUUCGCAGGAAUGUUAAAAGCGGGGACUGUGUCAGUGCACUGCAAUUCUACUUUGGAUCAUGUUGCUUACACCGGGACCUCAGAAGCAUCCUUGGCUGCAGGACAUGUUCCCUUAAUGGGUUUAAAUUUUGCAGCAGCCGUCACCACUCUGCUGCUCCUUCAGUGGAAUAACCUUGACCACCAAGAGUGAGGUGAAGGAGCAAGAACCUGGAAAUGAAACAAAAUUAAUCCUAAAUGAUAGGUCAUUAAUCUUGAAAAUUAGUUUUUCAAAGGACAGACUAGCUAUCCUGAAAAUCUGAAAAGUGGCAAAGAAGGAUGAAAAAUAAAUUUAAAAAAUGAAAAGAAGAGGACUUUUUUUUAUUAGUGAUUCAUCAAAAUGGCGUGCAUCAUCAAGUCAGCAGGUUAUCAACAUAACACAGAAAGUGUGAGCAUUUUAAUAGGGCUGUAUCUCCCUGUCAAACAUGUGUCUUAGUGCAUUACUACUCUUAAUCUGAUUAAACUUGAAGGGAUGAUGUUUUCACACCAUGUUUUAAAAAUGAAUUCUAAAUUGGCUUAAUGGGGGCUAUAUUUAGAGGUAAAAUUUUCACAAUUUGAAAGGUUUCAACUCCUACACCCUUUGUCUGAGUGACAUGAAACCUGCUGCACAAAUAGAACAAUCUUUAGAAACUACAUCAGUUGGCACAGUGGGAGAGCUAAUUAAAAUUGGACAUAUUUAAUUCACAGAUGUCAACGGUUUGACUUUACUGAAACCUGAAGGAACGGUCUGUGUCAAGAUUGUGUUUCUGUGCCCAGUGUUAUUUGGUGAAAUUUUGAGAAAUAAGCAUCAUCUCUUGAAUGUAAAUAUAUGCCUUGUGAACAGUAAAAGUGAUGUUUCCAUCUAUAAAUGAGGUUUAUGCAGAUGACAAGUGCAGCAGGUGGCUUUGCAGUGAAAUGGUGCAGUGGAAGAUGGUUUGAGUGGCUGACGGGUGGUGAUAUUUGCCCUGAAGUCAUGGGUUAACUGUGGUCAACUGGUCAACAGUGGGUUACAUUUUCAUAUAACCAAAAUCUUCAUUAAGACUGAAUCCUUUCUUCCAAUUUUAGCCAAACUGUACAGCAUUGGUUCCCAAAUUUUCAUCUGAUGUUCCUCCAAAUGAUCAGCUUGUCAUGUUCCAAAAGUCUUACAUUUAAUUAAAACUGGAUUAAUGUCACACUAUUAAUUAUAUAAAAGUGGACAUUGUACAGUUUUUGGGUUUUUUUUCAAACUGUCAGUGUUGGAGUUGGUUUGGUCAGGUUAGU